AUGUGGCCUAUAGACAAAGUGAAAAAUUGCGAGAUAACACUUCGAGAAAGGAAAAACGUUCAGAUGUGGCCUAUAGACAAAGUGAAAAAUUGCGAGAUAACACUUCGAGAAAGGAAAAACGUUCAGAUGUGGCCUAUAGACAAAGUGAAAAACUGCGAGAUAACACUUCCAGAAAGGAAAAACGUUCAUGAUACAACUAGAAGAAAAGCAAAACGUAUACAUGCUGAUUUUAGACAAUUGGAACAAAAACAAGAUACAUGCAGAAGAAAAGAAAAACGUUCAGAUGUAGACUACAGACAAACUAAAAACAAUAGAGAUACCCUAGCCAAAAAGAGAAAGCGAACUGAUGAACAUUAUAGAAAAAGAGAAUCUUGUCAUAAAUACCAAAAUAAACAACAAAAGCAGCAAGCAACUAUAGAGGAAUUAAUAGAGAAAUUUCAUAAAACUGUCCAAUGUGGACCUGUAUACAUAUGUACAAGCUGUAAACAGUUAUUUUACAAGCACUCUGUGACAGAAUUUAAGAGAGAAAAUUUUAACAAUAAUACAGUUCUAAAAGAUUUACCAAAUAUAGUUAGUGUUGGUGAGAAAACAUGGUGUUGUCAUACAUGUAAGUCAUACAUAAAGAAGAGAAAAAUUCCGCCGAUGUCUGCAAUGAAUAAAAUGUUUUUUCCAGACCAGGAUAUGUUGCAAGAUCUCAACCCUUUGGAACAAAAUCUUCUUGCUGUUAGACUUCCUUUCAUGAAAAUACAUGAAGCUCCAAGAGGCAGGCAAAAGUUUAUUCAUGGAAAUAUGGUUUUAGUACCUGCAGAUAUUGAAACAACUGUUUCCAGCCUUCCGCGAUUGCCUUCAGAAACAGCCACUAUCAAAGCUACACUUAAGCGCCGCCUAACAUACAAACAUCACAUAUACAGCAUAAACAUCAGACCAGAAAUUGUUAGAAAUUGUGCUCAGUAUCUAUCUAAGAAAUCCCUAUACAAAGACCACAUCACAUUUAAUGAACAAUGGAAUCUUCAUCAUACAGUAAAUGAACCUGUAGCAGAGACAGAUACACAAACAUCUGUGGAACACCAAACAGAUGGCUGUCUUGACGAUAAACUGUCUUCUGAUGUAGAAACUGUUCCAGCAGAGAAAAAUGACAAUGAAGAUCAAUGGAGUGAAAUUGAUGAAAAUGAAAUAAUGUCUGGCAUGUCUGACACUUUGCUUUCUGCUCAAGACUUUAUAGAACCAAAUGAAAGGGAUCUUAUUUACCACUUUGCGCCAGGAGAAGGAAAUAUUCCAGUCAGUGUUUUCUUGGAAAAAGAUGCAGAAGAAUUAGCAUUCCCAAAAAUAUUCUGUGGCGAACGCCGUCCAACAAAUGCAGAAAGACCUGUCAAGGUGUCAUAUGGAGAAAUAGUAAAGUCUGAAUUACGUAAUUUUGAUAGACGAGCAGCGUCCUGUGUAGAAAAUAUCUUCUUUAAAGCAAAGAAAAUCCAGAUGAAGAUCCUUAUUGACCAAACUUCUUUGCUUCUCAGAAAAGUUAAAACUAAACACCAAACAUUAACAGUAAAAGAUAUUCGUGGUGAUGCCAUUAACUCUCUCAUUCAUUGUGACAAAGCAUACAAAGCUCUAACCAAUAUAAGAGGGUCACCUCCCUAUUUUGAAAAGGUCAGCAAAGAUUUAUAUGCAAUGAUAAGGCAAAUAGGAGCUUCCACUUUCUUUGUUACUCUCUCUGCUGCGGAAACACGAUGGACACAUCUUCUUGGUAUACUUGGAAAACUUGUUGAUAACAAAACCUACAGUGAAGAUGAAAUCAAAGCAUUUACGUGGGAACAUAAAUGCCAUUUAAUCCAGUCUGAUCCUGUGACCUGUGCAAGGCACUUUGAUUAUGCAGUUAAUAAAUUUCUCAAUGAGUUCCUAUUGACAAAUGCAUCUCCACUACAUGAAAUUCAAGACUAUUUCUACCGAGUUGAAUACCAACACAGGGGCUCCCCGCACAUACACAUGGUCAUUUGGUGUAAAAAUGCCCCCUCUUAUGGAACAGACUCUGAGCAGGAGAUCUGUAAUUUUAUUGAUGAUUACAUAUCUUGUGCUAUGCCAGAUAAUGAUGACCCAUUGUUUGACCUUGUACAACUCCAGAUUCACAGGCACAGUCACACAUGUAGAAAAAAUAAAGAGAAGAAAUGUAGAUUUGGAUUCCCAAAACCUCUUCUUGAUAGAACUCUAAUUCUUGAACCUCUCUCUACCCCAGAAUUUAGUAAAGAAGAAAUUGCAGCACAUAAAGCAACAUGGAAGGUAGUAUCAUCUGCCUUAAAUGAAAUUGAUGACUUAUCACCCAUAUCUUAUGAAGACUUUCGUGGAAAUCUUGGCUUAUCUGAUGAACAGUACUUGUGUGCAAUUAGAUCAUCAAUAAGAAGGACAACUAUCUUCCUGAAGCGAUCUUACAGAGAAACACGUGUCAAUAAUUACAACAAAUCUGUUUUGUGUGCAUGGAGAGCAAAUGUUGACAUUCAAUUUGUAAUAGAUGUCUAUGCAUGUGCUACUUAUGUUGCUUCAUACUUAACAAAGAGCCAAAGAGGAAUGAGUGAAUUACUUAGAAAAGCUACUCAAGAGGCAAGUUGUGGUGAUUCAGAUAUCAGACAACAAGUGAAACAGGUUGGAAAUAAAUUCUUAAAUGCUGUUGAGAUCAGUGCUCAAGAGGCAGUUUACCUUUGUCUCCAACUGCCCAUGAAAAAGGCCUCCAGACAUGUGGUAUUUGUAAAUACAAGUCCUCCAGAAGAGAGAAAAAUACUUUUGAAAUCAAGACAAGUUCUGGAUAAAAUGAAUGAUGAUGAUGAAAACAUCGAGUGUAGCAGUCUCAUAUCUAAAUAUGCAGAGAGACCAAAAACGUUGGAUGCAGUAACACUUGCUGAGUUUGCUUCCUUCUAUGAAGAAGUUCGGCACACUUUCAUAUCACGGAGUCAACACCUAACCAAAAAAACAGUUGACAAUUUGCUACCAGAACCUGAAGUCUGUGACAAUGAAGAUGAAGACCAAACUUUGACUGAUACAACUGAAAUUGUACACAAUAAAAGAAAGGAUCCUUCAUUAAAAUCUAGGACCUACAGAAAAAGGACCAGAGGCAACAUUAUACGCCCAGUUCAUUUCAAUCCAGAUACAGAUUCAGAAAAAUACUAUAGAGAACAAAUAAUGUUAUACUUUCCAUGGAGGGAUGAAAUAAACUUAGUUGGUAAUUGCCAAACAUUCUAUGACAGAUAUAAACAAAUUGAAUCUGAAAUAAAUUCCACUAAACAAGUAUUUGAACCUUUCUCUGCAGCAGUGGAUGAGGCACAAAAAGUCCUUAGUGCCGACCCAGAUCUGGAAGAUGUUUGGGGUGAAUUGGCACCUACAACUGAACACAGCAAUCUAAUAGACAAGGACAACCAAAAACACAUGCCAGAUAAAGGCAUUGAAGACUAUAAUAUAGGUACAGAUCUUGGAUUGCCAAUUUCUUCAUCAGAAGAUGACCUCCAUUAUUACCAUGAACUGCCAGAUGAACCAUACAGAGAACUCAUGAGAGCCCUAAAUACUGAACAGGCAUCAUUUGUUUUUGACACAAUGCACCAUUUGAAGACUUCAGAUGAGCAAACUUUUCGCUUUCUCAGUGGUGGAGCUGGGGUAGGCAAGAGUUUUGUUGUUCGUGCACUGUACCAGACAGCACUGAAAUAUUUUAAUAAACAAGCUGGAGAUGACUUUGUAACUAGAAGAAUCCUUCUAGUAGCGCCUACUGGAAAAGCUGCAUAUCAUAUAAAAGGAUCAACAAUACACAGUACAUUCAAGAUAAGUGCAAACAAUAAGUUAGAAUACAAACCUCUGUCCUCUAGUCAACUAAAUAGUCUUCGUAACCAAAUUGGAAAUGUGAAACUAAUAUUCAUAGAUGAAAUUUCCAUGGUUGGAUAUAGAAUGUUUAAUAUUAUACAUCAAAGAUUAAUGGAAGUAAUGCAAAUUGGAAAGCCAUUUGGUGGAGUAUCAAUUAUUGCUGUGGGAGAUCUUUAUCAACUUCCUCCUGUGUUUGACACCUAUGUUUUUAGACAACCUAAAUCUGGAUUCAUGCCACUGGCCACAAAUUUGUGGACAGAUCUAUUUCAGUUAUUUGAACUAAAAUGUAUCAUGAGACAAGCAGAUAAUAAAGAGUUUGCUGAACUCCUCAAUAGACUUAGAGAAGGCAAUCACACCAGUGAUGAUAUCAAAAUAUUAAAGACAAGAAUCAUACAAAAAGACUCGGAACAUUAUCCAUAUGAUGCUAUCCAUUUAAUGCAUACAAAUGACAGUGUCAAUGCAUACAACAAUGUUGCUAUAUUAAGGUCUCAGAACCCUUCUUACACUAUCAAUGCAAAAGAUCGUGUUGUUGGCUCUACACCACCAAACAUGCGUAAAAAAAUUUUAGAACAAUUCAGGAAAAGCCAUGCCAAAAACUGUCAAUUACCAAAUACUGUAGUUGCAUGCAAAGAUAUUUGCUAUGAUCUUACUGUUAAUCUUGAUACAGCUGAUGGCUUAACGAAUGGAGCUACAUGCAAGAUAAUGAAAAUAGAUAUUGAGCUCACAGAUACUUUGCCUUCUGGGAUUAUUUGGGUCCAGUUUCUAGAACCAUCAAGUGGAAAAUCACUACGCAGUGAAAGUAAACGACUCUAUAGGUCUGGCUAUAAUCCAAACUGGACACCGUUACAACCAGUCGCCAAAGAAUUUGCAGCAGGAAAAGAUGGACGAGCUCAAAUACAAAGAUAUCAAUUUCCACUCAGACCUGCACAUGCAAAAUCAAUCCACAGAUCACAAGGAGAUACAUUAGAUACUGCUGUUGUUGAUCUUACUCUUACUCGAAAAGUUGACCAUAUACAUUAUGUAGCCCUAAGUCGACUUAAGUCAUUGGACAAACUUUACAUCACUAAUCUACAAGAAGAUAAGAUAGCAGUAGAUAAAGAAGUACAAAAAGAAAUGGACAGAAUGCGAAAUUCUCCUCUAGUAUUCAGCCAUCACUUUCUUACAGAGCAGAAAUUCACAUUUAAACUUGCUUUUCUGAAUGCUAGAUCUUUACACAAACACCUUCAAGAUGUUCAGAUAGACAGAAAUGUACAGUCAGCUGAUGUUAUAGGUUUCUGUGAAACCAGAUUCAACAGAAGAGAUGCCACAAAUGACACAGCUCUCACAAACUUUUCGCAGUUCAGACAAGAUUAUCAGCUACCAACUCUUACACAAAGAUCAUUUUAUGGUCUCUCUGUUUAUUCAAAGUCUUCAUUCACAUUUGGUCCUUUUAACGUCUCAAACCAAGUGGAAGCAUCUGUAUUCAGUGUUUUACAACAGCCAGAUAUUGUUAUCAUCAUUAUCUACAAAUCUCCAAAAGUAUCUACAAAACCACUUCUUAAUCUGCUAGACAGUGUACAUGACAAAUACAUUAAAAAUUCAAAGGCAGUUAUUUUGGGGGACUUUAAUAUUGAUUGGAGUCAGGAUACAUCAGACAAACGUGCAUUAAACAAUUUGAUGAAAAAACUUCAUUUUAAGCAAGUAAUUCAUGGGCCAACAAAUGAUCAUAAUUCUACAAUUGAUCUUAUAUUCACUAACAUAGAGACCUACAGCUGUGGUACCUUAGAAACAUAUUACACUGACCACAAGAUGUGCUGGAUUGGCUGGAACAACAUACAUUCUUAA